GCUUUAGCAAGGGAGGAGGGAUGAGCCACGACUGUAAUGACAGAGCAGGCUUCGUCACCGCCCUGUAAGUAUCAUAAUCAGAUUUGUAUUAAAGUCGGCGCCGCUACUACCCACUACGUCUGAUUGUACUUCUAAACGUCUCCAUCCAGCGGUCAGCUACAUAUUUCUUGCCUUGCUACUCCAUCGAUUUCUUGGACUGUUCGACCUUCCACCUCUUUUUUCUUUUCUUCUUUCAUAAUAAAGCAAAGACCUCCUGCACGUAUUUGCUUUUCUCUAACUACAUAUUGCUCAUGCAUCUACUCAAAUCAAUCAUAUAAAGUUUGAUUGCACAACAUAAAAGCAAAACUAGGAAUUAUAUUUGGAAGGAUCGAUCAAUAUAUAAACAUACUUCCACCGUUUGAAACGUCGACUUUCACAAAUUUUACAUUCUCGUCAAGUUCUCCCAAACGAUCAAAUCUGCUACGAUACUUUUCUAAAGAGCCCGUUCAACUUACAACUCCCCAUCGAAGCUUCACGCAAGAGGUAGCGGACAUGCAAUCCGCGGCAGGACAGAUGGGAGCGCGGAGGCGGACCCCUCCAUUCCCCACGAAGCAAAUGACAAUCCUGGCACUAUGUCGGAUUUGCGAGCCCAUUGCUUUUAUGAGCAUUUUCCCUUACAUAUACUUCAUGGUCAAGGAUUUCCACAUUACCGAUAACGAUGCUCAGAUCUUCAUGUACUGUGGCAUGGUCACAUCGGCGUUCGCCUUCGCAGAAUUCUCGUCUGGAGUGGCUUGGGGUCGAUUGAGCGAUAAAAUCGGACGAAAACCAGUCCUGCUUACCGGGCUUGCGGGUACGGCUUUGAGUAUGCUCAUCUUUGGAUUCUCACCCAAUCUGCCAACAGCACUGUUGGCACGCGCGCUGGGUGGUUUAUUGAACGGAAACAUUGGCGUUUUGCAAACUACUGUGGCCGAGAUGGUGACGGUCAAAGAACAUCAGCCUCGCGCAUAUACAAUCAUGCCAUUCGUUUGGUGUCUCGGAUCCAUAUUAGGCCCGUCCCUUGGAGGCGCACUGGCGAGACCCGUGGUCAAUUGGCCAGGAACAUUCCAGCAAGGGUCGGUUUGGGAAAAGUUCCCUUACCUGCUGCCCAAUCUUGUUUGUACAGUUGUGGUAACUUGCGGAGUAAUUGUCGGAAUCUUAUUUUUGGAAGAAACGCACUCGGAGAAGAAAUACCGUCGGGAUCCCGGAUUAGAAGCAGGGAAAUGGCUUCUCAGCAAAUUCACACGAUGCGCCGAAUUAAAGAACAGUCGAUGCGAAAAGGUGGCAGAGUCUGACGAGAUACUUUCGCUGUUGAAUGGUGAUUCAGAGGAUCAGCCGCCAGGAUAUCGAACAACCCAAGGAUCACCUACUCUUACAUCGACUGCGACUUCUAAAGACCCGCAAGAAACCCUGGAUUUGAAUGCACAUGAUCAAUUUGUUGUUCCUGCAAGAACUAAACCUGCAGUAACGAAGGCUUUUACGAGACAGGUCGUCAUCAAUAUUAUCGGCUAUGGUAUCUUGGCUUACCACACAAUGACUUUCGAUUCCAUGCUUCCAACAAUGCUUUCCUACAAACAAGAGGAUGAUGCUCCGCCAUUCCCAGAACCUCAAUUGCCCUUUAAAUUCGUCGGUACAUAUGGAAUGAGCUCUUCAGAUGUCGGCGUGGUUCUUUCGGUUCAAGGAUUAUAUUCCAUGAUUGCUACAAUUUUCUUAUUCCCAAUCGUUGUUCGACGACUGGGCGCUUUGAACUUGUUCAGAACCAUGGCAAUUUCCUAUCCAAUCCUCUAUAUUGUGACACCCUACUUGGUCUUACUUCCGGAGAAUCUCAAAAUGAUUGGUUUGUAUGCGGUCGUCAUCUGGAAAUGUACUUUCUCGACCAUGACAUACCCAAGCAAUGCUAUUUUGUUGACGAAUUCGGCACCAUCACUCUUGAUGUUGGGAACUAUCAACGGUGUUGCGGCAUCAACCGCCAGCAUUUCCAGAGCCUUUGGUCCCACAGUCUCAGGCUUCCUUUUGUCAGCUGGUGCUAGCUUAGGAUACUCUGGUCUUGCGUGGUGGUGCAGUGCUAUCAUUGCUAUGAUUGGUGCCGUUAUCAGUCUAUACAUGACUGACAAGGGAGGAAGAAUGGAUGUUGACGAGAAGAGUGAAGAGGACCACGAGCAAGCAUUCGAUGAUGAAAUGCUUGAUCAUUGUGCUCCUGAUACUGGCAUCGCCGCUGGCGCCGAGCCAAGACACAUCGCUGUCGAACAUUAGAGGAUAUUUCGUUCAUCUUUCUUAUUCAUUCACGACUUAUGAGAUUUCUUUUCGAACAAUUCAAUUCUCGAAGACUGCUUUCGGGAGGGCGUCUGUAUAAAAAUCAUUUUGGGCCAUUUUGGGCAAUUUCAGUGGGGGUUCUUGUUUCGACGUUAGAUAUCCCUUCAUGCCUUUGAGCGUUAUACAUCAUGGUGAUGGUAUUUUAAAGUAGGUUUUAUUUUGGGCGUAAUUGGGGUUAUGGUGGCAUACAGAAUUGGGUCGUUUGCAAAAACGGUAUUUAGUUCUUUGCACUACACGGACGGUAGGAGUUUCGACAAAAGGGAAAUAUCAUUAUUGCACUUCCUACUAGGGAUGGACCGCCGGACUGCGGUUCUAAUUGCAGAUUAUAUUUCGGCUGACUUGGAAGAAUCAACGGUUGGCUUGGCUUGGCUUGCAUACUAUCUGGCGUUUAGGUAGUUUUAUGAUUCCUAUCGAUGACAUGGGGGGUUGCUUGUUUAUAUAUCACUCCUUCAAAUAAUCUGAUUUGAAUAAAUGUCUGAAAUGAAAUAUGUAAUUUACUCCUUCAUUGAUCAAUUUUACCGACUA